UAGGACUUUGUGAGCUCGAGAAUCCAAAGAAGCACUUCUUCUUCAGUCACACGUUUUUCAAAUUCUCUAUUCGAUUAUGUUCCGAGACGAAGAAGAAGAUGAUGAAUUUCUGGGCAUGAUUUGAUCUCUCAAGUUUUUGUUUUUCUUCCUUUAGGAAGGUAUCUCCAGUCAAAUCAUGGUUUUUUUUUAGUUCUCGACUUCUCUUGUUAAUAAUUCGUUGCUUUGUCGUAAAAUUUCCCUUUUUAAACUUAUGCCUGCAAAGUGUUUGCGUAUAUUCCGCAGAGAGAACCUGAAGGUUGCUCAGAGAGGUCAAAGUUGGAAAUUUUACCUUGCUUAGUUCUCUUUUCUUAUCAUCCUCAAUGCUGAAUGAAGAGACGCUAGAUUUAAAAGAGAUGGUUCUAGUUCCAACACAAACUAUUUUGAACUGGUCCUUACUUUGAUUGCAUUGUCUCCAUGGGGCUGGGCGUUGACCCAUUUGUGGCUAUUACGGCACUGAUUCUGGUCAUUCUGGUGGUUCCAAUGGAUUGCCAAAGGCCUCAAGUGGUGAAUAUCGGUGCCGUUUUUGCUUUCGAUUCGGUUGUCGGAAGAGCUGCAAAAGUAGCUCUCGAGGCAGCUGUCUCCGAUGUCAACGCUGACACAACCGUUCUCAAAGGAACGAAGCUACGGCUUCUCAUGGAGGACUCUGGCUGCAAUGUCUUCCGUGGGUCCUUUGGAGCUUUUGAAUUGCUUGAGAAAGAAGUGGUGGCUAUCAUCGGUCCAAUUUCAUCCUCUGUUGCUCAUACAAUUUCCGAUAUUGCUAAAGGGCUCCACUUUCCUCUUGUCUCAUUUGCAGCAACUGAUCCAACUCUCUCUGCUCUCCAAUUUCCCUUCUUUCUUCGGACUACACCUAAUGAUGCCCACCAAAUGUCUGCCCUUGUGGAUCUUAUCAAUUUUUAUGGUUGGAAAGAGGUGAUAUCAGUUUACUCUGAUGAUGAGCUCGGAAGAAAUGGAAUUUCUGCUCUAGAUGAUGAACUGUACAAGAAAAGAUCCCGAAUUUCCUAUAAAGUGCCGCUCUCAGUGCAUUCUGAUGAAAAAUUCCUUACUGAUGCUUUAAACAAAUCCAAGUCCAUCGGUCCUCGAGUUUAUAUUCUUCAUUUUGGUCCAGACCCAUCGCUCAGAAUUUUUGAUACAGCGCAAAAGCUGCAGAUGAUGACCCAUGAAUACGUGUGGCUCGCCACAGACUGGCUCUCAGUUACUUUAGAUUCUUCUUUGAGUGACAAAGGUACUUUAAAACGUCUUGAAGGAGUAGUGGGGCUUCGUCAACACAUCCCAGAAUCCGAAAAGGUGCAACAAUUCACACAGAAACUGCAUAGCAACAGAUCAAUGAAUGCCUACGCAUUCCAUGCCUAUGAUACAGUGUGGAUGAUUGCGUACGGCAUCGAGAAGUUGCUGAAUCAAGGAAUCAACAUAACGUUUUCUUACUCCGAAAAGUUACUUCAUGCACGAGGAACUAAACUGCAUUUGGAAAAAAUCAAAUUUUUCAACAGCGGGGAGCUACUACUUGAGAAACUUCUGAAGGUGAACUUCACUGGUAUAGCCGGUCAAGUUCAGUUUGGUUCUGGCCGAAACGUCAUUGGCUGUGAGUACGAAAUUAUCAAUGUAGACAAAACCGGUGUUCAUACUGUGGGUUUCUGGUCGAAAAAUGGAGGCUUUUCGGUUGGAGCCCCAAAAACCCGACAUUCACAGAAGAAGACUAGGUUUGGUUCUGAUGAAAAACUUGGAGACAUAACCUGGCCUGGUGGUGGCCGUGAAAAGCCACGUGGUUGGGUCAUUGCAGAUUCUGCAGAUCCAUUGAAGAUUGUUGUCCCGAGAAGAGUGAGUUUUGUUGAGUUUGUGAAUGAAGAAAAGAACAGUAGCCAUCGGAUCCAAGGAUUUUGUAUCGACGUCUUCAUUGAAGCAUUGAAGUUCGUCCCUUACAGUGUUCCUUACAUAUUUGAGCCAUUCGGGAAUGGUCAUUCAAGUCCUAAUUACAACCAGCUUAUUCAAAUGGUCACGGAUGGCGUAUAUGAUGCAGCUGUUGGGGAUAUUGCAAUAGUCCCAAGCCGGUCCAAAUUAGUGGAUUUCUCGCAACCAUAUGCUUCCACAGGCCUUGUGGUGGUGAUUCCAGCCAAUGAUGACAAUGCAACUUGGAUCUUUCUGAGACCCUUCACCAUCCGGUUAUGGUGCGUUGUUCUAGUUUCAUUCCUGGUUAUUGCCGUAGUCAUCUGGAUCCUCGAACAUCGCAUCAAUGAAGAUUUCAGAGGGCCGCCCCGAAGACAGUUCACCACAAUGAUCUUAUUCAGCUUUUCAACUCUUUUCAAGAGAAACCAGGAAGAUACGAUAAGCAAUCUAGCAAGACUAGUGAUGAUUGUAUGGCUCUUCCUAUUGAUGGUUCUAACCGCGAGCUACACAGCGAACCUCACCUCAAUCCUCACAGUUCAACAGCUUCCUUCUGCCAUUACCGGCAUCGACAGCUUGCGGGCAAGUGAAGUGCCUAUCGGGUACCAGGCUGGGACAUUCACAUUAGAGUAUUUAACCUACAGUCUUGGCAUGGCUCGCUCUAGGCUAGUCCCACUUGACUCGACCGAGGAGUAUGAAAAGGCUCUAAAGCUAGGACCAACCAACUGGGGAGGUGUGGCUGCUAUUGUCGACGAACUCCCUUACAUCGAACUGUUUCUAGCAGAACGAACAGGCUUCAAGAUUGUCGGAGAGCCCUUUAUGCACCGUGGUUGGGGAUUUGCGUUUAAGAGAGAUUCUCCACUGGCUAUAGACAUGUCAACAGCUAUCUUGAAACUCUCUGAGACCAGGAAAUUGCAAGAGAUUCGAAAGAAAUGGUUAUGCAAGAAGAAUUGCGCAGAGAAAUCAAAUUGGAACCCAGAGCCAAACCAGCUUCAUCUCAAGAGCUUCAAAGGGUUGUACCUUGUCUGCAUUGCAAUCACAGUCUCUGCGUUUAUAGUGUUUGUUCUCAGGAUGAUACGUCAGUUCGUGCGAUACAGACGGAUGGAGAGAACAUGCUCGUUGCCACGCGCAUCUUGGUCGUCUUCUCCUUCAAUGCGGCUUAGAGAAUUGGUGUUUGAUUUCGUGGAGUUUGUGGAUGAGAAAGAAGAAGCUAUCAAGAGAAUGUUCAGAAGGAGUGAUGACUCUAAUAACAACCCAUCUCAUGUUGGGGAAGUCCAAGCUGAUACUGAGGUACCACGAAAUUGAUGAGUAGAUUCCACUCUAUAGAAAGAAAAUUGUUAUGUAUAUGAAUUGUAAGGAAUUAGAUAUAGUUAACAUGUAAGUCAAUAUUCGAACAUAAAGAGCUGGAAAGAACCAGUGAUCAUUACCAUGAUUAUUUAUACACUUUAGAGCUUAAAAUAGUUAGAUAUAUGGCAAUGACAUUGGGGAUUUAUGUGAUAAGGUUUGGUACUAAUAGAAUAUGAAAAACUUCAAAAGCCAA